GGGGAACGGGCUUGAGCGGCGGACACUUCCGGUGUGCGGCCCCUUCCUUCUAGGGGACUUAUAUUAGGAACGGGCACUUCCGGCGGGUAAAGGUCCCCCCCUUCGCAUCCCGCGGGAAUGGACGAUGGACAGGAGACCCCCGGGAGCUUCGCGAUCCCACCUCUGGAGCAGAUCGAUGGGCCGGAGCCGUCGCGGGUCGAGCCACUGUUCCGAGCCAGGGGAGGAAGGAGCGAGGCACGGGGCGAGGGGUCCGGGCCGGUAGUGAGAGAGGGUCCCGGCACCUCGGAGGGACCCCUCGGCGAACCCUCGAGCAGCAAGGCCGCCCCGAAACAGAAUAGCAUCGUGGUCAGCCCGAGACAGAGGGGCAACCCGAUUCUGAAGUUUAUCCGGAACGUUUCCUGGGAGUUUGGAGACGUGGUCCCAGAUUAUAUUCUGGGUCAGACAACCUGUGCCCUCUAUCUCAGCCUUCGGUACCACAGCCUGAACCGGGACUACAUCCACCACCGGCUGAGGGGCCUGGGCCAGGCGUACGCCCUGCGAGUCUUACUGGUUCAUGUCGACACG